AUGGUAGGUCAAACACUCACGCCAACCUACUUCAGACCAGGAACUCUUCACAAGGAUGAUGGCAUCACUCAAGACCGACCUUUUGAGGAUGGGGGUGAGGAAUGGAUCUUGCUAGAUGGAACACCCGCUAGUUGCACUCAGAUCGGCCUCUGGCAUCUGUUUAAUGAUCGUGGCCCGAUCGAUGUGAUUGUCAGUGGUCCAAACUAUGGUCGUAACACUACUGCCGUCUUUGCAUUGUCAAGUGGUACACUUGGUGCUGCCCUGGAAGGUGCAACCAUGGGGAAGAAGAGCAUUGCUUUGUCGUACGCAUUUGACUCUCGUGACCACGACCCUGAAAUCAUUGCGGCUGCGUCUAGAGUGAGUAGCAAACUGAUCGAAAAAUUUGCCAGCGAAUGGCCCGAGGACGUGCAUGUCUACAGCAUCAAUGUGCCAUUGCGCAAAGGCGUCGAGGAGCAGCUGAUUACCUAUACAGAUAUGAUCCAGAACAAAUGGACCAGUGGCAGCUCAUUCACCGUGCUCAAAGGAGGCGCAGGUGACCAAGAUCCAAAUACCGAGGAGCUCAAAAUUCGUGAUGCUGGAAAGUCUGCAGACGCUGCCAAUGGAGAAAAGCCAACCUACCGCGAUCAUGUCACCUUCAAAUGGUCGCCUAAUUUUGCAGAUGUGCGCGAUGCUUCUCUUGCGGCUGGAAAAGGAGAUGGCUGGCACGUGCUUCAAGGUCACAUCACAGUCACGCCCCUAAAAGCAAACUUUUGGCAUCUGCCUCACUAUACAGGUGAGAUCAAGCUUGAUGAAAUGGCAUCCUCACACCUUGAACUGGCGAAAAAUAGGGCACUCGCCAUUGUGCAACAUCCAGAACCGUAUGUUCAGCCGUUGAUUGUCAAAGCGCUUCGUAACACACACUCCAUAGCAUUUGACGUUGUUGAACAAGACGUGGCUUUGCACCAUCCUGAUAGACCUUGUGUCUCAUUCAGAGACUACGAAGAUCUGAAUUUUGAUCAUGCCAUGCAACACAGCACAACAGCAUUGGUUUGCGCGUAUGUUAUCAGAAAAGCAUUGAUACGAAAGCACUACUUGUCAAAUACCAUCGCUACAUGGUUGACGAAGCAUCCUGAUAGUGCUUUGGGGAACCAUUUCAAACCAAGUGUUCACUUCGAGCUUGACUAUGCUGAAUUCCUGGAUGAUGCACUUGUCGAUGCCUGGGACUUACACGAGAGCAUGCAGAGGAAUGAUGCUGCCACAGAGUUAAGCUCAAAGGAAUGGUGGAUCCUAAAACCAGGUAUGAGCGAUGGUGGCCAGGGGAUCCAGCUAUUCUCGAGUUUGCAAGAACUGCAGUCAAUUUUCGACGCUUGGGACCCACCAAGCGACGAUGAAGGAGAGGAAGGCGAAGAUGGUGCAGAGACUGAUCACGAGCAAGACACUAAACAGGUAGCCAUGACCUCACAGCUUCGACAUUUCAUCGUGCAACCAUACAUCGCUAAUCCAGCACUAUUGCCUUCUCACAACAACCACAAGUUUCACGUUCGCACCUAUGUUUUGGCUGUCGGAGCACUCAAAGUAUUUGUCUACAAAGAGAUGUUAGCUCUCUUCGCUGCUAAGCCAUAUCAGCACCCCAGCACCACGGGAAGUGACGCACAAAUCGAUCUGACACAGCACCUGACAAAUACAUGCUUUCAGGAUAAAUCCACGAAAGACUCCUCGGUAUACUCAUUCUGGAAUAUUCAAGAAUCAGCCUUGCCAGCCGGGUGGCAAGAAGCAAUCUUCGCCCAAAUCUGCCAGGUGACAGGCGAGGUCUUCAAAGCUGCUGCACGAGAGCAAAUGGUACACUUCCAAUCCAUCCCAAAUGCUUUCGAGGUCUUCGGCGUCGACUUCUUGGUUGAUGAGCACCAGAACGUGUGGCUGCUCGAGCUUAAUGCCUAUCCUGACUUUAAACAGACUGGUGAGGCAUUACAGGACAAAAUUGUGGGUGGUCUUUUUGAAGGUAUAGUGCGAACCGCUGUUGUGCCAUUCUUUGGAGGACCGGCGCCCGAUGUGAAAGACGAUCGAAUGAUUUUAGUUGCCGACAUCGACCUAGGCAGAAGGUAG